AUGGAGCUCCUGAGCAGGGAGCGAGAGGCCACACCCGCGGUGCCGGGACAGCGGCCGCCGGUGCGGAACGCGGUUCUGUGCCCGGGCAUCAGGCGGGAGGCGUCAGGGAGUGGCGACCACAGCGGAUGCGAUGUUCCUGGCCGCAACCCUCGGGCAGGGCAGGACCAUAGGAGUUUGUUGCUUGCAGAAGCUCUGCUGGAGGAAUGUUUGAAGGAAAACUUUGCCAAACUGAAGGACUCAAUUCCACUGUCAGAGAAGAGUGAGCCCAAACUGAGUGAAGCUAAACAGUAUCUGACCAGUAUCUUAAGCAGAGGGAAACUAAGACCGAAGUAUAUGACAGAAGCUAUGCUGAUCCUAGGAAAGCUUCAUUAUGUGGAGGGAUGCUACAGAGAUGCCAUCAGCAUGUAUGCAAAAGCAGGGAUUGAUGACCUUUCAACCAAAGAUGAACCUCUGUAUGUGCUGCGUUUGGUAACUGAAGCCUUUGUUGUUAAAGGUUUGUCAUUGGAGCGCUCAACGAACUCAAUUGCCUCACAUGCUCGACUGUGUGAAAGGGAGGAGGAAGUUGUGGCUUGUUUUGAGAGGGCGUGUGUUACUGCCCAAGUGUACUUGCAGGAGCUUGAGAAGACCUUAAACAACACACAUUCAAGGAGUAUCAAGGGUAGCAGUGUGACUUACUCUGAGUUUGAACUUUCCUACUUUCUGGAAGCAGCUCUACAGAGUGCCUAUGUGACUCAGUUAAAGAAAGGAAAUAUUGUGAAAGGAAUGAGGCGUCUGCGAGAAAUACUACGGACUGUAGAAACAAAAGCUACUCAGACCUUCAAAAUGACUGCAGCCAAACAGUUAGCCCAGGUACUUCUCCAUUCCCUCAGUGAAGACUGUUACUGGAGCCCUUUAUCUGAUCCACUUCCUGAGUUCAUGAACAAGGAGUAUCAGUCUUAUGUUAGCAAUCUUCUUUGUCGGAGACCUGAGGUGUACUCAGAAGAGAAUGUGUACUGCCCUCAAGACAACGUAGAAGAGGCUCUUCUCCUCCUCUUAAUCAGUGAAUCCAUGGAAUUUCCUGAAGGAAGAUGCAAGGCACUUUCAUCUGCUACAUAUAAAACAAACAAAAGAAGAUCCUGUAGCAGAGUACUGUAGGAGCCAUGUAACUGUAUUUCUGAUUUUGGGGAAAUGGAACAUCUGAGCCUUCAUCUUGCAUCAGCCUUGUCACGAGUUUUUUCUAACUAAAAUUCAGGACAAAUGUACAGAAAUACACCUAGGAACCACAUGAAUGUUCUUCCUAAGUGAAGGAACAGAGGGAGUAGUCUAACUCUUACAUA